AUGCAUAUGGCGUUUGGUGGUAUUCGAAUUGAACGGCACAUCCUCGACGGCGAAAUCGAUGUUGUGUCCAAAGAAUGGGACAAUGUGUCGUCGCCGAUUCGCAUUUUGGAGCACGACCAGCGGCGGCCGAGGUUGUUGACGGUGUUGCCGACGUCGACGGCCCAGAAAUCGGUGAUGGAGGCAAUGAUGCAACACGCGAUUUUGCAUCAUUCCGAGAAGGAUUUGGACACGAUUUUCGCCUACGGACCAGCGGAAUUGUUUACAUUCCUCAAUUGCGGCAUCCUCUCGCAAUUCCUCUGCGCUUCCGACGAGCGCCUCAACUUCCUCUCGCAUCAACAUCGCCGACAUUCGGCGGUGUUCCACAAACUCUUCAAUCUCGAAUUUUUGAGUCCGUCGAAAUCCGGCCAUCCGUUCACCUCGUUCCAUCCGGAAUUGCCGAAAUUGAAGAAGGUGACGCACGAGAAGAAGUUGGCCGACGUUGGAUUGUCGAGUCGCCUUCAGUACGCGGUUCGGAUCAGUCCGCGGAUCAGUGUUCGGAUCGCCGAUCGGAUGCUCGGCGAAAUCGGACCGCAAUCCAUCGCUUCCUAUGCGAUGUUCAUGACGCUGAUUGGCAAGCAGCCGAGCGCGAAGAUCGCCGAGAAUUGUGUCAGCGAGUUGUGGCCGCUGAGUGGUGCGAAGUUCGAUUGGCUUCAAGAACGGAUCGGAUCGAUAUCGGAUCGUGAGCUCGAGCACCUCUAUUUGGCGGUUCGCGAGCGAGUCGAAGCGUCGCCGGCGUUUUCGGUGUUUUGUCGCGAUUUGCGAAUCAAACGCGCCGUUUAG